AACAUCGUAUGUACUCUCAAAUUUUGGGUAUUUUAAGUGCACUAUAUAGUGCAUGAAAUUAACCACUGAGAAUUCGAACACCACUACAAAAUGGCGAGCACCCUAUAUAGUGCAUUAUAUCCGUGAUAGGGAACGAUUUCGAACACAGCUACGAAGUGAAGAAAAGGCCAAUAUUCGUGAUGGAGUCAGCUGAGGAGAGUGGUCUCAGUGUGGGGGGCUCGGUGGGAGAGGAGAACUACUUCCUGGGGUACACCUUCACCGACCGCUCUCACUCAAGCCGUGUGGUCAAGAGCAUCAUGGACCUCUGUUUGGAGGACGGCCUGUUUGCCGACGUCACCAUCAACGUGGACGGCAAGGAGUUCCAGCUGCACCGCCUGGUUCUGUCCGCCCAGAGCAGCUUCUUCCGCUCCAUGUUCACCUCCAACCUCAAGGAGUCCCACAACCGCAGCAUCGAGCUGAAGGGCGUCAGCGCCACCGUGUUCCAGCUGCUGGUGGACUACAUCUACCACGGCACCAUCAAGCUGAGGGUAGAGGACCUGCAGGACACCUACGAGAUGGCAGACAUGUACCAGUUGACCGCUCUGUUCGAGGAGUGCUCCCGGUUUCUCUCACGGACGGUUGAGGUCAAGAACUGCCUACAGGUGAUGUGGCUUGCAGACAGACACAGUGACCAGGAACUGUACACUGCUGCCAAGCACUGUGCUAAGAUCCACCUGGUCCAGCUGAAUCAGACUGAGGAAUUCCUCAAUAUGCCUCUCUGUCUACUCUUGGACAUAAUUAAAGACGGUGUACCGAGCUCCCAGAACCCAAAGGUGGCGAUCGACUCCUGGAUAAACCACAACAAGGUGGAGAGAGAGGAGUUUUCUUGUGUUCUUCGGGAGAAUCUCAAGGAGAUCGGCGAGAAGGUCCACAUCUACCUGAUCGGCAAGGAGGAGACGCGGACGCACUCGCUGGCCGUCUCGCUGCACUGCGACGAGGACGACAGCGUCAGCGUGAGCGGCCAGAACAGCCUGUGCCACCAGAUCACGGCGGCCUGCAAGCACGGCGGCGACCUGUACGUGGUGGGCGGCUCCAUCCCGCGGCGCAUGUGGAAGUGCAACAUGCACACCAUGGACUGGGAGCGCUGUGCCCCGCUGCCCCGCGACCGUCUCCACCACACCAUGGUGUCGGUGCCCGGCGAGGACGCCAUCUACUCGCUGGGCGGGAAGACCCUGCAGGACACGCUGUCCAACGCCGUCAUCUACUACACGGCGAAGGAUAACAUGUGGACCGAGAGCAGCCAGCUGGACACGGCCGUGUCCGGGGCGGCGGGGGUCAACCUGGGGGGCACCAUCUACCUGCUGGGCGGCGAGGAGAACGACAUGGACUUCUUCACCAAGCCGUCGCGCCUCAUCCAGUGCUUCAACACGGCCACGCACAAGUGCCAGAUCAAGCCCUACAUGCUGCCGUUCGCCGGCUGCAUGCACGCGGCGGCCCACAUGGACGUGAUCUUCGUGGUGGCCGAGGGGGACUCCCUGGUGUGCUACAACCCCCUACUGGAGAGCUUCACGCGCCUGCGUUUCCCCGAGGUGUGGAGCUCGGUGCCGUCGCUGUGGAAGGUGGCCAGCUGCAACGGCAGCAUAUACGUCUUCAGGGACAAGUGCAAGAAAGGGGACGCCAACACACUGAAGUUCAACCCCGCUACGUCGGUGGUGUCCGUCAUAAGAGGCAUCAAGAUCCUCCUCACGAACUGGCAGUUUGUGCUGGCUUGAAAAAAAUGAAUGAAAGCGUACGGCAUAAGCACGGCUGAUCGAUUACAAGGACUGUGUUUAGAGCCUGCACGUCAAUAAACUGCUCCCGGCCUGGUUUGAGAUGAUACUUCAUUGAUGCUCAACAAUGCGACUAGAUAUGUAAAGGAAUAAUAAUGUGCUGGUGUAAAAAAAAUCAGCCAACAAGGUAUAAAACCCCACAAAGAGUUGCAACAAGCAACCUCUGAUAACCUCAUAUCUGGGUUUUCCUGUCAUUAAGGGACUAUCAUCUCAAUAGAGCAGUCUCCAGUCAAGUCUUGGUCUCUAUGUCUAAUGCUUUCAAACGACAACGCUUGUGAAUAACAUUUUAGAAUAGAUUCAUUUCUGACACUGCAAACAGAUCUUGGUGUUUUAAAUGUGCGGGGAAACAUUUUGAUUGAAGCAUGUAAAAAUGUCUAAAUCGUUCAUGCAUGUUCUUUUCUUGAAUUAUAGACGUUGGUGAUAUUGUUACAUCAUGAGGAUUUCAGCUUUCCACUUCCUCAGUUCUCAUUCCUAGCAGGAUCUUUGAGGAAGGUUAACACCCACUGCAAGCACAGAGAACUCCUGCAGUUCUCGCGUCUUGGUAGGAUAGCGAUAGGGCUUUGCAAUUGCCCAACAAACGCAUCGUUAUUGGGUUACGGGGCCCAGUUUCAUAAUAUUGUGAUUAACUUGUAUGUUCAUGUAAACAGACUUUUGUAUCUUCGUACUUGACAUGUUUCGACUACGUCCUGCAGCUCUCUCCUACAGAACAUGUCGGGUACAAACAAAUGAAUACUAGUCUGUUUUACAUGAACGUACAAGUUAAUUUAUCAAGUUAGACUGAACUUUCUUGAGAUAAUAUUGUGAUGUUUUGGCUGUCUGUUUUGAGGAUGUUGUAAUAUAGCUCAAUUAGACAGCAGCACACAUCUUUUCUGUAUGACUCGGACGACGGCUUGAUAAUAAGUAUCAUGGUUAGGGUUCCGCUAAACUAUAAAACAUCAUGAUUGGACACAAUCAUUUCCAAUAUCCGGACUGUUCCAAAUGUAAAUGAGCACAUGGGUGGAUAUCUUUUUUAACUGAGUAGGCUGUAUGUUUGUGCAGCUGGUAGGUGUACCACUCCAUCAUUCUCCAGUCUCGAUCUUCCAAUGCCGUUCUUGUCAUUUUUGCUCUGGAAUGAAAAACACAAAUAUUGCUUUGAAAUGAUAACCAAUAACGUACCAGUUGUCAUGCUCUCUGUGCCAUUGGGUAUGGGUUCUUGUUUUGUGUAUAUGAAUGGAUGGGUUCAAUAUGAAAAAUAAUGUGGAACAUAGAAAAUGCUGCAUUUGUUAUUGUAAAAAGCAGCCUAGCGUUAUAUUGUUACAGUACUUCUUCCACAUCCAUUUCAUUCUGUGCAACUGCUUAUGUAAUAUUUGUUAAUCUCCAUGAAGUUUGAAGAAUGAAGUUAUUAAAGAUAAAACAAAAACCUUUUGUUUUGAUACCUGGAACCUC